AUGGCUCUUUGGACACCCUACGCUGACGAAGCCGCCUUGGACUUGUCAAAGACGGCACAAGAAACAGUGACGUACUCGCGAGAGUAUUACGCUACUCAGUUAACAGUUCCCCCGGAUUAUUUACCCUACAAUGGGUAUUACGCACCAGUGGGACAAAUAUCGCCCGGAGGCAGUUCUUCAGGAUACGAUUCAGUGUCGUUCAGCCCUAUGACGCCGCGACAUGUGACGCUAUCACCGCCCGCGUCGCCUACCGAGGUCACUUCAAAGAGGUCCUACCACAUGAUAGACGCUGAUUGUCUAUCAGACGACCCGGACUUCCAAGAGUUUGAAAGAAACGCUUUAAGAGUGAUGGCGGAGAAAAAUGGUGGUGCCUUAUUAGGCAACAACCCGCGCAUGCGCCGAGCUGUGAGAUCCACGCAGUCCGACGCCGGAGACGACGCGUACAGGCGCCAGAGAGAGAGGAAUAACCACGCUGCCAAGCAGAGUCGCGACAGGAGGAAGCUGAGGGAGAUACAUCUCGCCCUCAAAGUCACCUACCUCAGGAAAGAGGUUGCCGCGCUAAAAGCAGCCUUGAGUACGAGAGUCUGUGGUCGAUGUCAGCAAACCUGCCUUUGCUGA